CUCCCAGACUCCAGCUCCUGUGAAUCAGAGCAUCAGGGCGGCCUCGCUGGGGCUGGCUUGUGCAACUCUCCUCACAGCUCACACCUGCGGCCGUGCCUUCACGUGAGAAGUGUGAACCCGGGGCGACUUCGCUGGAGGCCCAGUGGCUAAGACUCUGAGCUCCCGUUGCAGGGGGCUUGGGUUCCAUCCCUGGUCGGGGAACUAGAUCCCACACGCUGCAAUCAAGACCCGGUGCUGGGCCCACAAAAAACACAAACAAAGCCCCAGCAGGGCAGGGAGGAUGCAGGAGGUCAUCGCGGGGCUGGUCUUCGCCUUCGAGAAGGAUGUGGAGACGCAGAAGGGCACUGGGCUCCUGCCUGUCCAGGGCAUGGACAAGUCGGGCGCAGCUGUGUGCACCUUGUUUGCUAAAGGGCUCUGCGCGAAAGGGAAGUUGUGCCCAUUCCGGCACGACCCUGGGGGAGAAGACGGUGGUGUGCAAAAGGGUGAUCAGUGCAAGUUCCUGCACUAGUAUGACGUCGCCAGGAUGCCCGAGUGCGUGCCACUUUACUUCAAGUUUGGGGACUGCAACAAGGAGUGUCCCUUCCUCCACAUGAAGCCGGCCUUCAAGACCCAGGACUGUCCGUGGUACGACUGAGGUUUCUGCAAACACGGUCCUCUGUGUAAAUACCAACACGUCUGCAGGACAAUGUGUACUAACUACUUAGCCGGCUUCUGCCCCGAAGGACCCAGAUGCCAAUUUGCACAAGCCUUCCGUACCUUCACUGGCCCGAGGUGGCGAGUGAAGCGUCCGGCCAGCAUCCACCCGUGA